CACAUCAUGGGCCAUGGGGUCAAGCAAGUCCUCUUCAACACAACCAAAACUCGCAAUGGAAUCCAUUCCCCCAGAGUCCCAAAAGCCAACCCACUUCGCCUUUGAAAGAAUGGAAGGAAGAAGGGAAGAAGAGCACUCCAUGUUUGAGACUAGCCAUGUUCUGGGGUCUCUCUUGGCAUCCUCCCCUCUGCUCACCCAAGCCUGGAGUCAGUGCAUGCGAGCCAACGCCGGUGGCUCGAGCUUUACCUUCGAGCAGUGCGGGGACACGGUCUACGUCGCAUUCUCCGGGGUGCAGACCGGCGUGCCGGCGACCAACAGCCCGGUCCCCAUCGGCACCGGCGGGCACGGGCUCUUCUCGCCGCUGGUGGGUGGCGAGGGGGGGGAUGGCAGCAAGCCGGUGCUCGUCCACGCCGCCAUCCUUCAUGUCUUUCUUGCUUUGUAUCACACAAAGGAAUUCCGGAUGCUGGCAACAGAGAUCAAAAACAAAGCAGUAAUAUUCACAGGCCAUUCCAUUGGAGGCUCCCUGGCUUCUCUUGUUGCCCUUCACUUCCUUAGCUCAUCAUCUUGCUCUGGUUGUCCGGCACCCUCUUCUCUAUUGUGCAUCACAUUUGGAAGCCCAUUACUGGGGAAUGAAGCUCUAUCUAAAGCUGUUCUAAGGGAGAGAUGGUGUGGUAACUUCUGCCAUGUUGUUACUCAGCAUGAUGUUGUACCAAGGCUCCUCUUUUGCCCUCUCAACUUGAUCCAUCCUCAGUUGGUCACCAACUUACUGCAGUCUUGGCAAAUCUUGCUGCGGUAUCCUCAGAUUGCAAGGCCUACAUCUGUAUUGUCUGAUGAGGAGAAGAAGCAAUUGCAACUUGUUAUCUCGAUGCACAUCUAUGCAGCAGCAAUCGAGCAGCAGAUAUCUGCUGCAGAUCAGCAAAGGAGCCCGUAUCGGCCAUUCGGGAACUAUGCCUUAUGCUCCAUGGAAGGUGUCGUUUGUUUCGAUAAUCCACUCAUUGUGGUGCGAAUGCUCCACUCGACAUUCAUGACAGGGUCUGCAAGCUCUAGCAUUGAGGAGGAGCAUCUCUCCUAUGGAGAUGUUGUAGCAAAAAUUUCAGAGAACUUGCUGCUAAAGAAGAGAAUUGCCAUUGAAGAGGAGGUACCGAAGUCUAAUUUUUUUGCAGGAAUUUCGUUGGCGCUCGAGGCAUUGGGGAUCGGAAUUCAGGAUAUGGGAGCUACGGAGGCGCGCGAAUGCUUAGAGAUGUCGAAGAGAAUGGGGCGCAGGCCGAAUUUGAAUGGUGCCAAUCUAGCAAUCAAGCUAGGCAAGAUAACGCCAUGUCGUGCCCAGAUCGAAUGGUACAAGGCCUCCUGCGAUGAUGACAUUGGCUACUAUGACUCCUUCAAGCUCAGGAAGGCUUCAAGGAAGGACUCCAAAACAAACAUGAAUAGGAUCAAGCUUGCCCAAUUCUGGGAUGAUCUCAUAGACAUGCUCCAAAACAACCAGCUGCCUCAUGACUUCCACAAGCGAGGCAAGUGGGUCAAUGCAGCUCACUUCUACAGGCUCCUUGUUGAGCCAUUAGAUAUUGCAGAGUACUAUAGGGGCCAGACACACAAGGAGAAAGGCCACUACUUGAGUCAUGGAAGGGAAAGGAGGUAUGAGGUUUUUGAAAGGUGGUGGAGAGAUAGAAGUAAGAAUUCUAAUGAGGAAGAUAACUGGAAGAGGAGCAAGUUUGCGGGGUUGACGCAGGAUUCAUGCUUCUGGGCAAAGGUAGAAAUGGCAAAGGACUGGUUAGAGAAUGCUAGGACUGAAAAGGACCAUCAAAAACUGGCACAACUUCUGGAGAACUUGAAAGGAUUCGAGUCUUAUGCAAAGCAAAUGGUUGACAGGAAAGAGGUCUCCAUAGAUGUCUUGGCUCCACGUUCGAGUUAUAGCCUAUGGGUGGAAGAAUGGAAGGGUCUGAAAUUGAGCUUAGGCUUGCAACUUUCACCUUGAUUGCCCUCUGAUAUAUAAUGUUUACUCCUUCUGGACGUUAACUAAGCGAUGUUUCAGGAGUUUUAGAGCAUGUUAGCAUUAUGUCCUAAGGAAUUCUACCAUUGAACUAAGUUUUCUAUCAGAUUAUUCAGGUUGACGGUUGGUAGGAUCUGCACUGAUUCCCAUGUACAGUUGUAAUACUAUAUAAUAUAACCAAAUAAUAUUUAUGUAAAUCUCUGGAACUAUAUUUUCU